UAAUAAUUACAAAUGUUGAGCAAGCAACUCCCCAAAUUGCUCCAGAGGUCUCUCAAACCUGUCUUCAAGUUUGCCAGAAUCUCUCUCAAACCAUCAGCUGCGAACACAGAUGCCGCUCAAAGCGUUGAAGACAUCGAGUAUGUCGAAGAACUGUCCAAGCACAGAAAAGCCAUUCCGCUGUAUGACUUGCGUCCGCUCCAUGAUGGCACCGGCUAUGUAGCCGAGUCAGCGACACUCAGUGGCGAGGUGUGCAUGGACUCGUACUCGACUGUGUGGAACAAUGUUGUCAUCAGAGGAGACAUGAAUGCAGUCUCGAUCGGCGCAUACUCGUCAGUGGGUGACAACACCGUGAUCCAGACGGUGGCUUCGCUGCCGACUGGCCAGCUCGCUGAUGUCGAGAUCGGGGCCAACGUGACCAUCCACAGCGACUGCACGCUUUCGUCAUGAACCAUUGGCAGCGAUGUGGUCAUCGGCGCCAAGAGUGUCAUCUGCGAAGGAGCUGUGCUUGAAGCUGGAGCCAUGGUGGCACCAGGCACUGUGGUUCCUCCAGGAAGACUGAUUCCAUCCAACCAGCUUUGGGCAGGCAACCCUUGAGAAUACGUCAAAGAGCUUAACGUUGGAGAGCUAUUCACAAACUACUCACUGAGCUAUGUCCACACAGCUUUAGGAGACAAGGUUAAAGAGACAUUUACAUCCUUCCCAUCGAAUUACAUGAUGAAAACAUCGACAGAAGAUGAUGUUGAUCCGGAAGCAUUCAGGAGACAAGGAAGAAUUUUAUAUUAACUAGCAAUGCUUUUUCAACUAUUAA